AUUGUGGGAUUAGUGAUAUGCUUUCCUGAGCAGCAGAAAGUCAAAAAUGUCUAGACAGCAUUCAGUGGCUUUGACAGUGACCACCCUUCUGGGCGUGGCUGUGGGGGGGUUUGUCUUGUGGAAAGGCAUUCAACGCCGGAGGAGUAAGGCGAGCUGUGUGGCCCAGCAACAGCAGAAAGGACCAGACGAUAGAGAGCUGUCACCUUCAGAAGAGGUUCGCCUGCACUCUACUGCCCCCAGAGCUUCAUGGGAAGAGAGGAUCCUCAAAGCAAAGGUGGUGACUGUGUCUCAGGAGGAGGAGUGGGAUCAAAUUGAGCCCUUCCUUAGGAGUGAGUUAGAAGAUUUUCCAGUGCUUGGAAUUGACUGUGAGUGGGUGAAUUUAGAAGGCAGAAUCAGUCCUCUGUCACUCCUACAGAUGGCCUCUCCAAGUGGCCUCUGUGUCUUGGUUCGCUUGCCCAUGCUGAUCCGGGGAGGAAAAACACUACCAAGAACAUUACUGGACAUCUUGGCAGAUGGCACCAUUUUAAAAGUUGGAGUGGGAUGUUCAGAAGAUGCCAGCAAGCUCCUACAGGAUUAUGGCCUCAUUGUUAAGGGAUGUCUGGACCUCCGAUACCUAGCCAUGAGACAGAGAAACAAUUUGCUCUGUAAUGGACUUAGCCUGAAAUCACUUGCUGAAACCAUUUUGAACUUUCCCCUUGACAAGUCCCUUCUACUUCGUUGUAGCAACUGGGAUGCUGAGAAUCUUACUGAAGACCAGGUAAUUUAUGCUGCCAGGGAUGCCCAGAUUUCAGUGGCUCUCUUUCUCCAUCUUCUUGGAUACCCUUUCUCUAGGAAUUCAACACUGGAAGAAAACAGUGGCCAUACUGGCUGGAGAAAAGUCUUGGAGAAAUGCCAGGAUGUGGUAGACAUCCCAUUCAGAAGCAAAGGAAUUAUCAGAUUGGGAGAAGAGGUUGAUGGGGAGGCAACAGAAUCUCAGCGGAAGUCAAGACGUAAGAAGUCUAGUGUUGAUGGAAUGGCACCAGGCAGCCACCAAGGGCGAGACCCCAGAAAACAGAAAAGAAAGCCCCUGGGAGUUGGUUAUUCUGCCAGAAAAUCACCCCUUUAUGAUAAUUGCUUUCUCCAUGCUCCUGAUGGACAGCCGCUCUGUACUUGUGAUCGAAGAAAAGCUCAGUGGUACCUGGACAAAGGCAUUGGAGAGCUGGUGAGUGAAGAGCCUUUUGUGGUCAAGCUCCAGUUUGAACCUGCAGGAAGACCUGAAUCCCCAGGAGACUAUUACCUGAUGGUUAAAGAGAACCUUUGUGUGGUGUGUGGCAAGAGAGACUCCUACAUUCGAAAGAACGUGAUCCCACAUGAGUACCGGAAGCACUUCCCCAUUGAGAUGAAGGACCACAAUUCCCACGAUGUGCUGCUGCUUUGUACCUCCUGCCAUGCCAUCUCCAACUACUAUGACAACCAUUUGAAGCAGCAGCUGGCCCAGGAGUUCCGGGCCCCCAUUGGCUCUGAGGAGGGCUUGCGCCUGCUGGAAGAUCCUGAGCGCCGGCAAGUGCGCUCUGGGGCCAGGGCCCUGCUCAAUGCAGAGGGCCUGCCUGCUCAUCGAAAGGAAGAAUUGCUGCAGUCACUCAGAGAGUUUUAUAACACAAACAUGGUCACAGACGAAAUGCUUCAAGAGGCUGCCAGUCUGGAGACCAGGAUUUCCAAUGAAAACUAUGUUCCCCAUGGGCUGAAGGUGGUGCAGUGCCACUCCCAGGGCGGGCUGCCCUCCCUCAUGCGGCUGGAGAGCCGAUGGCGUCAGCACUUCCUGGACACCAUGCAGCCCAAGCACCUGCCCCAGCAGUGGUCAGUGGACCACAACCAUCAGAAGCUGCUCCGGAAAUAUGGGGAGGACCUGCCCAUCAAGCUGUCGUGAUAGCUGCUUCCCCCCAGGUUAGGACAGGUGGGAAGCCGGACUCAAGGUUGAAAAGUCAUCUCUUCCAUUUUAAUAUGUUUUUAAUUGUCAGAGCCUCAGCGGCACAACUCAGAAGUAACCCCGUAAUAACCCCAAGAUGCUUCUGACGGAGCAAGGCUUUCUUGUAAAGGGAGCUUACAGUUUUAAAUUUAGUUGGGCAGGGUCAGUUUUCGUCUUCCUCAUUUUAUUUUUAUGGACAAGGAAGCAUUGGCCCUUAUGUUUGCUCUCCCUGAGCAGAGGGAAAAUGAAAGAUUCUUCCUGAAGUGACCUGUCAGACUCUCAGGUUUUUAAU